AUGGAAACCAACGCUCCAGAUGCUGUAGCUGUGUCCGAAAGGGCCUGUCAUUCCUGCAGACAGCGUCGUGUCAAGUGCGAUAAAAGAAUCCCGGGCUGUCUACGAUGCGAAAAGCUAGGCAGACCAUGUACGGGAUACGACACCGAGCGUAAAUUCCUCGACGAGGGUGCAAAGGUCCGAAGAAAGUAUGAUGGAAAUUUACAAACCCUCCCCGACCUCUCCAGGCGACAUGUCACUUCUCCUCCAACAAAUCCUGUAGCCCCAACUACACGACAGGAACCAUCGAGGAACAGUCCAUCUCAGUACCAGCGUCUUCCUAUCCAAAGUCAUACCAAAGCAAUCCCGGAUAUCAUCUCACAACCAACCUCAUCCCCUCUCACAUUACCAGGUAUAGCCUCUCUCAGCCCAAGACAAUCCACACCAAAUGUACAAUAUCCUCUUUUCGGGGUGAAUCCGCCAACCAGCCCAGGGUACAACAUAUUCCAGGGACAAGCACCCCAACCGUUUUUCUCUUCUUCGAUCCCUCAUCCGCCAGCUAAUGCACCCUCUCAUUUCCCACCGGCCCCUCAACAUCCCCCGCAGCGACCAGAUCAAUUUCAGUACGGUCUAGAACAGGGCACGGCCAAGCUAUUGCGCGGCAAGCCCCAAUAUGCGCCAUCCGAGACAGACACUUAUGUCAGUGAGGAUUACUUCGAUCUAGAUAUCGACACAUAUUACGCCAACGGCAACAACGCUUGCGGUUUCAUCCCCGGGUUACCGGUGAUCCUUACCGAUACCAAUGAGCCAGAAACCGACGAAGACCUUCUAACCAAUGACUAUGCCUCUCUCAGUGGUAGGUCAUCAGUGUAUGACAGCUCAGAAGGGGGAAGAAAGCGACCCGAGUAUAGCCAGAAGUAUUUGCAUGAGCGUACAACGGAGCUAGCCGCCCUCACUAGGCAUUUUGUCCAGGUAGUAUCUCCUUCCAUGGAUUUGUUCGAUCUCGACACAUAUUUCAGUCGAAUAGUCCCUUUGAAGGCAGUUCAAAAUGUGAUGUUGAGAUCGGCUAUGGCGGCCGUGGCUGCGAACCAGAUUGGCCAGCUGUUGGCCAAGGGUGUCACGAAAACGGAUCUACAGCAUCUGGUGCCGUUAUUGGGCGAGAAUGGGGGGCUUCAAGAGACCGAUUGGUUUUACAAGGCUGCGAAUUAUUACGACAGGGGAAUUUCCUACCUAAGGAUCUUCUUGCAGCGGUGGUUGAGCGAUACCAGCAACGAAAUGACGGGGCACACGUCAAAGUAUCCUUCCAGGAGAUUUUCUGACGGGAGCAGCAAGGAAUCAUCCACCCUAAGUGCACCAAACAAGAGACGGCGCAUAAGUGAACAGUCAUCCGCCGGCGCAGACAUGGAAGCUCUCGUCGCUGCCAUUUCAGUCUUCUCGUUGUACGAGUCGUUGGACAAUCCGACCAAGGACUGGUCACAGCAUCUCGACGGGUUCAAAGCACUUCUGGAUACAAAGAUUCUCCCCCAAGCCGUCACUACUCCAGGCCCCAAGGCUUCCCCAUUCAUCUCCAUGAAAGCUAGCCGGGCAGCGUUUUGGAACUUUGCUCGUGCUGAUUACCUAGCCGCUUAUAUCAACCGAUCGAAAACGCGACUAGACCCUGACAAUUUGUUGGUGUGGAAGGCUCUGGGCCUGCCCAUAACUGAUGAAGGUGGCCUCGUCUACAAUGAUCCAUCAACUCCGACCAACGCCAUGGUAUCGUAUCAAACACGAGAUAGAGAAGACAUGGUGUCAUGCGCCCUGAUCUGGAUUGUUCUUCGAGUUAUGAACUUCCUCGCGCCACAUGAUGAUCAUAAUCCAGAGACGGCGGCAGGCACUCCGAAUAAUGUCUUUGACAGUCCUGGCACGCUAGCAUUUCGAUCGCCUUCAGAGACAGGUGCAUCGACGCCGAUUCAAGGUCGAAUUGCGCGCUGGAAGCAAUUGCGUCGCCAACUCGAGGACUGGUACGACAACCUGCCUUUCACGUUCCAGCCAUAUGCGAUGAUGGGAGCUGCAUCUCAACACCCGUACGACCAACCUCCGGAAACGAGACCACGAUUUACGAGGAUUUUCUUCAGUGUCCCCAUGUGUGCAGCGGCAUUGCAGCUGUACCAUUUUGCACAGAUCUUGCUGUUGCUCAACCAGCCUGUCGAUGAAAGUGCGGCGGGCUUCAUGGCGAAUCGGAUACGAAUGUUUAGAAAGGUGUCGGAAGAGUCGGAACAUCACAGCCGACAAAUCUGUGGCAUCGCUCUUGGGAAACCACCUCCGGCCGUGAGCAGGCAGAUGGUGCACUCGUUGCAUCUAGCUGGACUGUGCUUCGAGGAGAGGGAGGAUAGGUUAGUGGUGUUGGAGUUGCUCGGUAAUAUCGAGAAGGAAACCGGUGCUUCAACUUCACAACGAGCUAGGGAAUUAAGAGAGGCUUGGGGCUGGGGUCCCGAGGUCAGGGAAGUUGCUUAA